AGUUCAUUCAUAUUUUCUCUAUACUUAUAAUAUUUUAUUGGCGCCUUCCGCUUGACAGCUUCCGGCGCAAUAAGCCUUAAUGUUAUUUGUUACAUAAUUCGAUAUUAUUAAAUAAUAAUUGUACGUAAAUAAUCAGCAGAAUAAUUAAGAUGAACAAUGUUUAAUAUUACCUACUCAGUUUGUAUUAAAAUAGGUCAAGAUGAUUGUAUAAAUACCGACGGUUAGCAUAUCUCUGGGGCAUUCGUAUUCUACCCACCGUAACGUGUACUAAAGAGAAUAUAAUAUUUCGUGUGGAUGUAAAUUGUCUCAAUUGUCGCCGCCACCCUGAGGAUCCAUUUAUACUUCAGAAGCGGGAUUAUGCCAGGCCCAUACAUUGACGGAUUUGAGACCGCUGAGAAACACAGGCGAUACAAAAUGCGACGUGUCACCCAAACCGAUGCGGAGGUUAUUCCAAUGUUCCGGCCGGAUGAAAAAUCUAGCAACGUCAAGGGAUGGCUGCACAAGAUCGACCAGUUGGAUCACGUAUAUGGAUGGGACAACAAAGACUGCCAGUUCAUCAUGCAGAUAUGUCUUCGUGGGUCGGCUAGGGAUUGUGCGAUACACCACCGCAACUAUACUACACAUCCGCGAAUGGCUACCACAUGGAGAAGAGAAGGUGCUGUUGCUCCAGUUGCAAGAGGGACCGACUUUCAACCAAAGAAAUGUUACGCCUGCCGAAGAGAAGGUCAUGAAACAAAGAACUGCAAAGAGCCGCGCUGCGAGGUGUGCCAGCGCCCGGGACACACGUCGGUCAGCUGAUGGUAUGCGGCCAGCUCUUCACACCCAAAAGUGCCAUACACCAGCGACAAACCAGGCUCCAAUAGCAGCGCUGAUCGCCGUGGGACACGGCAUACACAGGAUGGCCGAAUGUUAUCGAGCAACACUUCCGGCCUCACAUAAUAAAUUAUUUACGAACUUAGGAAAUAUGUAGAACUUAUUAUUCUUAUAAUAUAAUUAGUAAUUUCAUAAUCAAGUAAAUAGUUCAUUCAUAUUUUCUCUAUACUUAUAAUAUUUUAUUGGCGCCUUCCGCUUGACAGCUUCCGGCGCAAUAAGCCUUAAUGUUAUUUGUUACAUAAUUCGAUAUUAUUAAAUAAUAAUUGUACGUAAAUAAUCAGCAGAAUAAUUAAGAUGAACAAUGUUUAAUAUUACCUACUCAGUUUGUAUUAAAAUAGGUCAAGAUGAUUGUAUAAAUACCGACGGUUAGCAUAUCUCUGGGGCAUUCGUAUUCUACCCACCGUAACGUGUACUAAAGAGAAUAUAAUAUUUCGUGUGGAUGUAAAUUGUCUCAAUUGUCGCCGCCACCCUGAGGAUCCGUUUAUAAAAUAUUAGCCUAUCCAUUAAGUACAUGUAUUUUCUACAUGGAUACCAAGUUUCAAGUCAAUCGGAUGCAUGGUUCAGUAGUUACAACGGAACAUCCGUAAAAACCACUGUAGAUUUAUAUAUUAGUAUAGAUUGUACGGGCUUAUAAAAGUUUUUGCAGUAUUUCUUUAGCAUUCGUGAAUCGAUGAAAUGGAGAAUGCGAUUCCGUGUCUAAGUUUAACACUAGAUUUGAUUAUUUGAGAUUCAAUUUAAAAUUAUAACGUCGUCUUCAACUUUUAUAAUAGUUCAGGAUUUCACAUUAAAUUUAUUUUGGUAAAAA